AAAAACAAACUAAAGCCUUCAUCUUUGAAGUGCAAUCUCCAUUCUUGAAUCUUCAACUUCCUGCAAAGAAGAUGGCAUCCAUUUCUGCUUCCAUUUCUACCCCUUCUCUCCUCCAGAAGCCUUCGAUUACCGUCCGUGCUACCCCGAUCCUCGGGUUGCCAUCGAUGAGCAAGAUGGGGAAAGUGAGAUGUUCGUUGGAAAUUAAGCCCGCAGUGGCAUCAGAGGAUGCUGCACCAAAGUUGAGGAUGGGUGCACCAUCCUUGAUGGCKGCAGCAGUUGCCGCAACCAUGUCGAGCCCAGCAGCCAUGGCUCUUGUGGAUGAUAGAAUGAGCACAGAAGGAACCGGGCUACCCUUUGGUCUAAGCAACAACCUUCUCGGGUGGAUCCUUUUUGGUGUUUUCGGUUUGAUMUGGACCCUUUACUUCGUGUACACCGGCAGCCUUGAAGAGGAUGAGGAAUCCGGUCUAUCUCUGUAAACUUUCUUACCUUAAACGACAAUGUGCCAAUUGUGAUGGACUUAUGUGUAAUAUUAUUCAUGUAUCCUUUCURCUUUGAUUGAGGCAUAUUUAUGUUUAUGAAAAUUGCACUUUGGUCCUUCUAGAUUUGAAUCUCGACACAUUUCUUGUAAAGUCCGAUUCCAUUUUUCGCAUCUAUUAUGAAA